AUGAAUGCGCUGAUUGAGGAACUUGGCGGCAAGCAGCUUGGUUGUUUUAUUGACGACGUCUGUGUCAAUAAUUUCAGUUACGCGGACGAUAUGGUGCUGCUGGCACCUUCAGUUAGCGCACCGAGAAAGCUACUUAAUAUAUGUGAGUCCUACGCGGAGUCGCAUGGUUUAGCUUACAAUGUUAAAAAGACAGUGUACAUGGUCUUUAAGGCGGGAAACAAGUGCCCUACUUUUGUACCACCCGUGUUACUCAACGGUGUUACUCUUAAAAGAGUAUUUCAAUUUAAAUAUCUUGGGCAUUUGGUGACCGAGGAUCUUAGGGAUGAUGCGGAUAUGGAAAGGGAGCGCAGGGCAUUGUCAGUUCGGGCGAACAUGUUGGUUCGAAGGUUUGCUAGAUGUACGGAUACAGUGAAGAUAACAUUGUUUAAGGCAUUUUGUACAUCACUGUACACGGCAAGUUUGUGGUUCAAAUAUACCCAAAAGUCGUACAAUGCUCUGCGAGUCCAAUUUAAUAAUGCAUUCAGGGCACUGUUGCAGCUCCCGCGCUUUUGCAGCGCUUCGGGCAUGUUCGCAGAUGCGCGCGUGGACGGCUUUGAUGCAGUCUGGCGAAAGAAAACUGCCUCGCUGUUGAACAGAAUGCGCGGGAGCUGUAACGGCAUCCUGAAAGCGAUAGCUGAUAGACCUGAUUGCCCGAUGAUGUAUACACUCGCACAGAGGCCAAUUUCAUUGUUAGUUAUUAAGUAUUAA